GUCGCUUCCUGAUCUCUUUUUAUUUCCCUCUCCCUCCGUCUCUCUCUCUUUCUCUUCUCUAUCACGAUUCCUUCCCUUCCCUUCGGGUUCGCAAAUACACUCCUUUCGUUACUUUUUGUUUUUAUAGAGCCUGUGGUUGCUCGAGACACUCCUUGGAUCUACCCAAAGCACAUUCCUUGAUCUUGUUUGCGUUCCCUGGGUUGUCGUUCUGAGACAUACCUACUGUGAUACCCACAUCUUCCGUCCAUAACCUUGUUACCUGUGAACAUCCAACGCGAUUUAUCACCAUGCAGCUCAAGAACUCCAUGUUCCUGCUCACGGCGUUGACGGCCGGUUCCGCCGUCGCCCGUAUGCACGGCCACGAGCGCCGUCAUACUCAUCACCACAUGCAGCACGAGGAGAAGCGCCAGGUCGGUGAAAUGGUCUACGCCAACAUCAACGGUAUCUGGCAGUCCUGGAUCAACAAUUGGUCCGGUCACCCCACCUCUACCGCCGGCUCUGGUUCCACUCCCACUCAAGCUUCCUCCUCAACUUCCUCUGUUGUUUCCAUCACCGCGGCCCCUAGCGCCAGCAGUGGCCCUACCGUAACCACCCCCGGAUCCUGCAAGGAGUGGCAUGCGGACAGUGGCUCGUACACCCGCGAGGGCUUCGGAGGGCAGACCAAGAACAACGACGAGGCCUACAUCAAGUACAUCGGUAAUGUUGGCAACCCGUACGGCAGCAACAUCAUCGAGGUCUCCGAGAGCAAGGCCUGCGAGUACAAGCAUGUCGUUCGCAUUGACGGCAGUGAGAAGGAGCCCUGGACCGUUGCCUUCUGGAACAAGAUGGGCCCCGAUCUCAAGCUCACUGGCUGGUACGGCAAUGCUGUCCUGACCCUCAAGAUCAACCCCGGUGAGAGCAAGUAUGUUGCUUUCGAUGACGACUCCCAGGGUGCCUGGGGUGCCGCCAAGGGUGACAAGCUUCCUGUGGACCAGUUCGGUGGCUACGCCUGCACCUGGGGUGAAUUCGACUUCGGCAACACCUCCAACGAGGGUUGGUCCGGCUGGGACGUGUCCGCCAUUCAGGCCCAGAACGCCGGUAUGGAUGUCCAGGGUAUGAAGAUCUGCACCCACGACAACCAGAAGUGCUCUACCAUCUCCAACUUUGCCAAGCUGGUGGAGAACGCCUACACUGCUCUUGAGGCCGGUGUUGACGGCAUUGGUGGCGAGUGGACCAAGGGUGCCCUCCGUCUGAUUGUCAACAUUGACUACGACUAAGCGUUGUUUCUGUGCCCUGUCGGUUUCCUCUUUUUUUUUCCACCUUCUAUGACUUGUCUUCUUCUGCAAAAUUGGUUAGGGGUUGGAGGUGUUUUUCUCUUCAUUGUGCGCGGCGUGUACUGGUGCUUGAGCGUCGAACCCAGCAUAGCAUGUGCGGUUCCAUCCUCAAGUCCUUACACCCCGUGACCGCCAUCCGGCCUUGACGAUAGUGCAUUCUUUUCCAUGUACAUACAUAUACCACUGUUCACUGUCUAUUGAUUUAGUUUCAUAUCACGAUAGAAUUACGUACAAGCUGUC